UAAUGAAAGACUAGUCUUAUAUGUUACAGCUCAAGUUUAAAUGACAACUUAACUUGAUGUUAUGCACUAAUUAGGGAAAUGCCAUGCCAACCUCCAUGGGGAGUUGAACCCAGGACCUUUUGCUUAAUAGCCAAUCAACCAGACCACUGACUGGGCCACCCCAGCUCUCAUAUCCGCAGCACUCCUCAAUAAUAUGGGUGGGGGUAAGUGGCCUUACGCAUGCCCUUUAGAUCAUAAGGUCAAUCAUAGAGUCAAGUGGCAUUGUUUCCAUUCAUAAUGUGUACGUGACAAGGAGUAGGGUCACCUGCCCAAACUCAUGGGUUUUCUCACAGUCCUCUUUUUUCUUCCACUGCUAAAGACCCCUACACACCAGUGAAUAUUGAAAUAAAAUUGAACCAUUUUAUUGAACCUCCCAUGCUGUAUUAUUUUGUACUACUUUCCCUUUGCAGGCCUAGCAUAUUCUUAGAUAUUCAGGCAUCAAGUGACAAAUAUGAAAAAGAGCUAGAAUGGUUAUUAAGAGUCAUUGAAAAUGAGAACAAAAAGGUCAUCCUUUAUGUGCGGUCAAUAAACCAUUGCUACCAAAUAUAUCUUUGGCUGAUGACAUCAUUUAUUGAUAAAGAUAUAGAUCUAACUGAUAAAUUAGAUUUGUUUCAUGCCAAUACUGAUAAAGAUUCCAAAGGAAUAAUGAAACAAUUUGUUGACAAAAAUGGAAAUAUCAAGGUUUUGGUAACCACUAUAGCCUUUGGUAUGGGAGUAAAUAUUUCCAAUAUUGAUGUUGUUGUUCAUUGGGGAUUACCAUCAUCAGUUUUGGCAUACUGGCAGGAUGUAGGUCGUUGUGCUCGGGAUGAGGGAUAUGCUAUUUGUUAUGUAUUUAAGAGAAGUGUUAACAAAUGUAGUGAUGAUGAAUUUAAAAAAACUCCUUAUCAAAAGGUAUGUGUUCGAAAAUCAAUUUUAGAAAAAUUUUUAAUCAAAGGUAUGAAUGAACAUGAUAUUGAUACAUUAGGUAACGAAGAAACAUAUAAUCAUAGUACAUGCAAAGGUAAUUGUAAAUGCAAAAAAUGUCAAUGUUAUCCAUAUCUGGAAAUGUGGAGUGACAUCGACCUGGUUGGGAUUUGA